AUAUUGGUGUUAUGAAGACAAACAUCUUUGGGGUUCACCGGUUCAGUUUGCACGAGCGCCUGCUGUGUGUGGCUAUAGGCGGAGUUGUUUCCCAGCAGAGACAGCAGCGCGCACAGAGCGCAGAGCGGCGCCCCACCACCGCCUUUGCGUCAACCAUCCUCACACAGUCAACUGACACAACACAACAUCAGCCCUCGCAGCAUCCGCAUCUCACGGCCAGGAGGACCAGGAGCACAUCUUCAUCCAAGCAUCCAUUCCACAACUGCCCACCAUCGUCUGCGCACCGCCGACACCAGGCGUGUUCAUCCACGGCUCGCUCUCCUGCCUCGGAUCGGAUUAUUUUUGUCUUUGUCGCAUUUAUAUUCUCGGAGAUGGUUUUGUGUUUUCAUCGCGUCUUGUGAGGAAAAAAAAACACAUUGAAGACGCGGAGCAUCAUCCUUACAGCGCAGUUAUAGCCUCAUCUGCAGUGGCCAUCAGGAGACAGAGAGCUGAGAUCUAGUCGAGGUGAUCGUUAUCCCCUCUGAGAGCUGCCCACAGGACAAUUCUCUCCCAGGCUUUAGAUGCCCAGCGGCAGCCUGUAGCCAGGGACUCCCAGCAGACGCACAGAGGCUUUGAGCCCCUCAGGAUCUCCCCUGGCAGACCCUCUUCUGACCCAGUGCGGCUAAAGCCCCUGGACGCCUACCCCCAGUCACCAUGGGAACCGUGCUGUCUUUGUCACCCAGCUACCGAAAGGCGGCUCUCUUUGAGGAUGGGCCGGCCACCGUGGGCCACUAUACAGCUGUCCAGAACAGCAAGAACGCCAAAGACAAGAACCUGAAGCGCCACUCGCUCAUCAACGUGCUCCCGUGGAAGCGGAUUGUAGCGGUGUCAGCUAAGAAGAAAGGCUCCAAGAAGGUGCAGCCCAACGGCACCUACCAGAACAAUGUCACCCACCUGAACAAUGAGAACCUGAAGAAGUCGCAGUCAUGCGCCAACCUGUCCACCUUCACCCAGGAUCAGAGCACUCCGGCUCUCACCAAGAGCUCCAACAACACAGCAUCGUCCGUCAAGAAGGCCCCUCUGACCAACUCCAGUGUGGCCCCAGGGACCCCUAAGAGAGUGAUCGUCCAGGCCUCUACCAGUGAGCUGCUGCGCUGCCUCGGGGAGUUUCUGUGCCGGCGUUGCUACCGGCUGAAACACCUGUCACCCACUGACCCAGUGCUGUGGCUGCGCAGCGUAGACCGCUCCCUGUUGCUGCAGGGCUGGCAGGACCAGGGCUUCAUCACCCCUGCAAACGUGGUCUUUGUCUACAUGCUGUGCCGCGACGUGGUCUCCUCCGAGGUGGCCACGGAGCACGAGCUGCAGGCCGUGCUGCUCACCUGCCUCUACCUGUCUUACUCCUACAUGGGCAACGAGAUCUCCUACCCUCUCAAGCCCUUCUUAGUGGAGAGCUCCAAGGAGACCUUCUGGGACCGCUGCCUGUCCAUCAUCAACCUGAUGAGCGCCAAGAUGCUCCAGAUCAACUCCGACCCGCACUACUUCACUCAGGUGUUCGCAGACCUGAAGAACGAGAGCCAGAAGGAGGAGGAGAGGAGCCGCCUGCUUAUUGGCCUGGACCGGAGAGUGAGGGCCAUCGCCUGACUGGCUGACUUCAUGCAUCACGGAUGAACAGGCACCUCCAGCUGCAAACCCUGGCUCUUUGGGAUGCCAUCACCACGUCCCCUCCAUUAAUACGGAUACCACUGGACAUUUUUUUGCUGCGAUGCAUAUCUGAAAGAACAGCAGGGGCCAUCAAUGCCGGAUCCAUAUUUUUGUGGGUUUCUGUUUGUGGCUCUGCAACAGGACUUAAGGGAAAAGCGGAUGGACAAUAAGCAAACAUUGUGGGACUUUUGAUCAGGAGGACAACAGCCAGAGGACGUGUGGCUGAUGAUGAGUGGUCAGACUGUGUGAUCAGAAAGACCUACUUUAUUUUCAUCUAGACAAAAAAAUAAAACAAGUUAAUGGAUGUUUUACUCCCCAGAGGCUUACACCUAUGGAGGCUUAUUUAUUGCUUUUCUGGAACAAGUUUUCUUUGAUUUCUUUCUUUUUUUACUUAGAAAUGUAAUGUUUUGCACGUGUGCCAUGCAAUUUUUUUUCCGGGAGGGAAGGAACAACUAUUACUUUUCUUCUUUUUACUUGAUUUGUAAACCAACUGCAUCUGCAUUAGAGAAUGCUGUGAACAAAGUGACACUAGUUUAUUUAGCUAUGCUUGCUAAAAUAGGCUAUUUGUUUACCAGGGAAAAGUUCUUUUUGUACUUUUUGUCGAUUUUUUGGAAUGAUGUUUGAUUUCGUGCUUAUGAUUCAGCGUAGAAAAUGUUAAAAAAAAAACAAACAAAAAAAAAAACAGUGCCAUAUCUUCAAUGAAAAUCCCACAGGUCUGAGAACACUCUGAAAUACUGUACUGUUUGUCCAGCUGUUUGGUGAAUGGUGGGAUGGAUUUUCAUUUACUACUAACUACUUACUGACACCUAAUUUAUUGCCAUUUACGUAUUUAUUUAGGCACAUUUAAUGUAAAUGAGAGAUCGUUGGUGAUGAGGGUAAAAAGGGAAGGACACGAGGAGGGGCUUCGCUGGUGUAGCAGGUGUGCUUAUCUUUGGUGGGAAUGAAGAUUGAUCUGGUUUAUGCAAAUGAAUGUUGCAGGAAUUUAUUGACAAGUACCUAAUUAAAAAGCCAAUGUUAAAUCUGACCAUCACCAAAGUGACAUCAUCAAGGACACCUUGACAGAACAAGACAUCCCUGACUUUUUACUUAAAGGUCCAGUGUGUAGGAUUUAGUGGCAUCUAGUGGGGAGCUAUGGUAACUGAUGCGAAAACGCAAAUGGCCUUAGCUAGAGCUGGUGCUUGGUUUGUCCAUUCUGGGCUACUGUAGAACAACAUGGCGGACUCCUUGGAAGAGGACUUGCCUGCUCAGCCUUGCUUCCAAUUUUUCCUAGUGGCCACUUGCGGUAUUGCAGUGAAAAUAUUCCCUGCAGCUCAAAAAGUAUUCUCUCCGUCGACCACCAUUAUAAAAGAGACGUUUAGGACGCCUCGAACUGCAAACAAGGUCACAAAUGACCAUGGAGGUUUUAUGUUUGCAAAACUUUACUGGAGUCGAGAAAAACAGUAGAAAAAUCUGUGACGUCAUCACAAGGUGAAGUCUAUGAGCCGAGCAGGAACUCAUGGGCGGAGUCAGCAGGGAAAACAGUGCUGUGUAUUUUCAGUGGGACGCAUAUUGCGGAAUUACACCAGAAAGCUAGAUACUUUUUUGGCGUGUGCACCCGGUGAACAAUUCCAUAAGGCUGAAUAGGCGCCAUCUUGGCAUCUGGUAUCUAGGUAUUAUUGUACAUCUAUGGAACCUGCUCCUUUUGUAGAUAUAAACCAUAAUAAACACAAUAAUUCUUAUUUUCAGGUGACUUUAAACUAAUGAAAACAUUAUGAAUAUUAUAUACCUAUCUGCCAAUGGAUGCCCCUAAAUCCUACAACUGGACCUUUAAGAAAAUGCCCUUGAAAAACAUCUUUUUGUCCGGUAACGCCGGCCUGCACGAACCCAACCUGCUGCCCCACAUAUCAGACUGAGAAAGCACACACACACUUUUCCAGGGUAAUAGAUUAUUUCAAUGACACUGGUUCAGCAUCGCUGCAGGAAAAAAGCACAGCUUUACCUUCAGGAUAAUCCAUCAGCAUCACCUCUGUGUAAAUCAAAUGUGAGGUGACAUCACAUUCAUCGAGGGGCUGCAGGAGACGAGGCGACCUCCACAGGAAUAAUCACAUUUUCAAUCAUAGACUAAAACGCCGCGCUGCAGUGUGCGACGACACGACAACCAAAACAGAAAGCAUGCAGAACAGUUGUGUCUUUUUUUGUUACAGAGGAGAAUAGUUUCUAGCUCCGCAAUGUGUGCAGUCACUGGAGAAGCUACAGUAUUUCCAUCCAGAAAUGUAUGAGAAUUUUACUGGUUUCACAUCUCAUCUCAAUGUAGAAAAUACCUUACACUCUCUUUCUUUAGCAGUGUUCUGAAAAUCUGUCUAACGGGCUGGUGGUGCCAACAAAAGGCUUCUGUCAAAGCUGAGAAUGGAAAACUUCUCUGCUGCUGUGUUAGCGUGAAUCUGAGAUAAAUGAGCAGCUUGCAACCUGCGGCCUCCUCCGCUGUGGGAUUGUGGCUGCCAUGUGGAGUUGAGAAAGUUCAUUUGGUGUGUUUGUACUGGCACAAUAGGGGGACACGCACUUUGGAUGGAUUUCUGCUCUGGCAGGAAAUAAAGCAGGGCAUUGAGGUUAAAAGGGCCUCAUGAAGAGACCCCGAAUCUUUUUCUCUCUGUCCACUUUCCCCCCCGACUCACUUAAAAUGUGCCAUUUCUUUUCCACUUUGCAUCAUUGAGUAGUUGUUUGAGAAAAUACUUUCAAAAGCUUAUACAAUAUGAAAAAAGACUCAAGUGAUAGUUAAAGAUUUCUGUCAAAUUCUUUUCUGUAUCUUGUUGCGUACUUUGUAGAUAAAAAAAAACGAAACAGUGGUUAAGAACUUCAAAAAGGGAGGCAUUCGAUGGCUGCAUGUGUGCGCGAAUGUGUGCGUGAGUGUGUGUGAAUGACAGCGUUUUAUUUGUACAGAAGAAUGUGUGACAUGUUUUCUUAUAGACAUGGAGCAUACACCAACCACACUGGUACCAGGACUUGGUUUUCCCUCGGCGGGGUGAGGGAGGGGUGUCGAUGCUGUUCGAUAAAAAUGUUCUUUUUGUUUUGAAAAAGACAAAAAAGCUGUUACUGUAAUUGAAACUUAUUUUCAGUUAGUUUCUGCUUACUUUAAUUUAUUUUUGUACUGUGAUGGAAAAAUAAAAUGCACUGAUCGUUCAA